AUGAAAAUAGAUUUAAUAAUCUGUGAGAAUUGGAAUAAAGAAUACAAAGAAUUAAUUUUAAAAAUGCAAUUGUAAUUGUUUAAUAACUACAAUUUAAAAAUAUUGAAAUCUUGGCUUUCAAAGAAGUUUCCCAGAAGAAUAUAGAGAAAAGUUAGAAAAAGACUCAAUAAAUUAAAGAAGUAAUUCCUCUUGAGACAAAGAUAAAGAAUAUAAAUAUAAAAAAAUUAAGAGAUGACAAAUAACAUAACAGAAUUAAUGAGCAAAUAAGAUAUAAUAUAAAUAAAUGAAUAUGAUAAAAUAAAGAAAUAGAAUUUUUUAUGA